AUGGAUCCCGUGGGGGAAGACAUUGGUCACAACAUCGACAACAACACUAACAGCAAUCGCCAGUUCACCCCCGCCGCCUCCGUCGUCAAAGGCAAGAGGACAAAGCGGCGGAGGCCAGUCACAGUGGCCGCCACCGUCCCGGCUUCUUCGGCCGAGCUUUCGAGCAGCCCCAUCGAGGACGACGACGAGAACAUGGCCAACUGCCUUAUCCUCCUCUCUCGGGGUCACUUGUCAGACACUGAAACGACGGUGGAGGAAGCCAUCACCGAAGCCGCCACGGCGACCCAGACGAAGGCCGGGCUCUGCUUCUACCGGUGCAAGACGUGCGACAGAUGUCUCCCUUACUUCCAGGCUCUCGGAACAAGAAGCCGAAGGUUGCACCCCUCCACGAAGGCGGUCCUCGAGUAA